AUGAAAUAAAAGGGUAAAGCUAAUAAAAGUAAGAACGUUUAAUCAGAUCAUCAAACCAAAAAAGAUGCUCUUUAAAGAAUCAAAAUUACAGAGGAUGUAUAUGAAAUAUUAGCUUAUACUACAAAUGAAGAUAAUGAUAUUAGAUUGGCAGCAACUUCUUAACUCUGUCCUUGUAAGGUUUAAGAAGAUGUUCCUGAAUUUUGGAUUAGAAUAUUUCAAUUAGUUGAUGAUCCAGAUCCUAGAAUUAGAGCUAGAAUUCUUCAUAUUAUUUGUGAUGGUUCUCCUAAUAGAUUACAAAUAGAAGUUAUGGAAGCUUUAGAAAAAUUCAAUAGGGAUUCAGAUUCUGAGAUUAGAAGAUAAGCUCAUAAAGUUUUAGCCAAAGCUUAGAAAGGAACUUGGAAUGUAUUAUGA